GAGCCCAGCCCCUAUAGGAAUAUCAUAGUAACAGCUUGUGAUGUGAUCGCAUGCUGAUGACAGUUAGUGAUAAUGGGAGGUAACUAGGAGGUUGUGAUUCAUCCAGCUGUGUGAACACGAAUAGGACAGACUGUUUUGGAGAUGAACGAUGGGAAAACAAACACUGUGGAACCCUGUUAAGACAACCUGAGCUUCAUUUUUUUUUUUACAAAACUGGAAUCUGUUUCUGUUGAUUCAAAUGGAGCUGAGAAGAGAUUUCAGCCUGACUUCAGUGCUUUACUGCUGCUGGAUCUGCAUGAACUCCGUGCUGGCUGAAGACUGGACUCGUGUUCACACUGAGGACGAGCUCUUCAGGAGCUUGUUUGGCGGCUACAGCAAGUGGACGCGUCCGGCGCGAAACAUCACCGACGUGGUCAUCGUCAAGUUCGGCCUCUCGAUCGCACAGCUAAUAGACGUGGAUGAGAAAAAUCAGAUGAUGACGACCAAUGUGUGGCUGAAACAGGAAUGGACUGACUAUAAGCUGCAGUGGAGUCCGUCCGACUUCGACAACGUGACGUCCAUCAGAGUCCCUUCUGAGCUCAUCUGGGUGCCGGACAUCGUGCUGUACAACAAUGCAGACGGAGAGUUCGCCGUCACCCACAUGACCAAGGCCCAUCUCUUUCACACCGGUCGUGUCCGCUGGGUGCCCCCGGCCAUCUACAAGUCCUCCUGCUCCAUCGACGUCACCUUCUUCCCUUUCGACCAGCAGAGCUGCAAGAUGAAGUUCGGCUCCUGGACGUACGACCGCGCCAAGAUCGACCUGGAGCCCUUCGAGAACACGGUGGACCUGAAGGAUUACUGGGAGAGCGGAGAGUGGGCAAUAGUCAACGCCGUGGGCACCUACAACACCAAGAAAUAUGAUUGCUGCCACGAGAUCUACCCCGACAUCACCUACUAUUUUGUCAUCCGCCGCCUCCCGUUGUUCUACACCAUCAACCUCAUUAUCCCUUGCCUCCUCAUCUCCUUCCUAACUGUUCUGGUCUUCUAUCUCCCGUCCGACUGCGGCGAGAAGAUCACGCUGUGUAUCUCCGUGCUGCUGUCGCUCACCGUCUUCCUGCUUCUCAUCACGGAGAUCAUCCCGUCCACGUCGCUGGUCAUACCGCUGAUCGGGGAGUAUCUGCUCUUCACCAUGAUCUUCGUCACGCUGUCCAUCGCCAUCACCGUGUUUGUGCUGAACGUGCACCACCGCUCGUCGGUGACUCACACCAUGCCGCGAUGGGUUCGGAGGCUUUUCUUGACGACGGUGCCACGAUGGUUGUUCAUGAAGCGUCCAGAACAUGGUGUCAGGCCUGUAAGGCGGCGCCACCUGACUGAUAAACUCAUCACUGUCCGGACUCCAGGCCCCUCCUACAGCUCGUCCACCUGGGCCACUCAGGAGUCUGACAUCGAUCUCCAUGGUUACCAGGGCGAUGAUAACGGUUGCCACAGCAGCCACCAGCUGGACUCCUUGGAUGCUGGAGAUGAAACUCACUACUGCGAUCUCCACGGUUACAAAAACACAGAUAAUUUGGUAGCCAGUCGGCCGAGGAUUUCUCCCCUCUCUCCUCCUUUCCCUCCAUCUCUCGGCUACAUUUUCCUCCCACAGAGACAUUCCUCACUCAGCUUGGACUGGGACACCCCUCCUGUGGAGCAUGGUUCAAUCCAGAGCCCCUCUUUUCUGUCUCCUGCGGUGGUAUCGGCCCUGGAGGGGGUGACAUACAUCGCAGAGCAUCUCAGAGCCGAGGACGCAGACUCCUCGGUGAAGGAGGACUGGAAGUAUGUCGCCAUGGUUGUAGACCGGAUCUUCCUGUGGAUGUUCAUUAUUGUGUGUCUGCUGGGGACAGUCGGACUCUUCCUGCCUCCGUGGCUAUCUGGGAUGUUUUAGAACCAAACUAAACAUAAAAAAACUAUUAAAUGAAUAAAUAAAUUGUGUCUAUAUGUAGAGAAAGAGAUCAAUCAGUCACAAAAACUUAAGUUUCCUAGGAAGGACAAGAACAUUUUUCACCCGAUUUGUUUAAUUUGAAAUUUCAAUAUCAAUUAAUCUGCCUUUUUGCUUGAUAGAUGCACAAAUGAUUUAGAAUUUAACUACAUUUAAACAAGUGGAUUAAAACUUCCUUUGUGUACUUUCUUAUACUGUAUGCAUCUUUUGAUUUCAGGAGAAUAUAGUUUUCUUUGAGUCUUUGCCGUUAUGAAACGUUUUCAGCUGCAGAGUGAAUGAGGACACUUGAACAGACAUCCAAUUAUCAAUGAUUCAGAGAAGAAGAGAGGGAAGAAUGAGGCCCUUAAUAGCUAUUAAAGCCUUGAUUGGCUAAUUACACUGAAUGAAAGUAGCUGUCAAUCAUAAGAUAUAUGCCUUCUCUUGGGUCUCCUCCAUUAUCACCAACAUGAUAUAUUCAGGUCAUCAAUACAGCACUUUUCUCAAAAGUAAUCCCCUUAAAUUGCCAUUAAAAGUAAUCCCUUUUAUUUGACCUUUGGCGGGCCUCAAUUCAAACAUGCAAUAACAUGAAGAAGACACAAUAGAAAAUCAAUAUUCAUCCCAAAAUUCAUGUACAAUGCUACUAUAGCUGCUAUAUUGUUUUGAUGCUAAAUUAGCCUGCAUGAUUGGCAGGAGUAUGUAUAUGAUGGGAUUUGGAUAUAUAAUGUGUUUUCUCCACUUUCUGUACACAAUUUGACAUUUGAGUCAUAAGAUUAUGAUUAUCCAGUGACUUGCAAUGAUGAUACGGAAAGGGCGUUUUAUCCAUAAAAAGGGCAAGGCUCAUAACAUUCAUAGAUUUCUUGGCUGCAUUCACAGAAAUGCAAUUUCCAAAAAUAAAUGCAUAUUGUAUAACAUCCUCUCAAUGGUAAAUAGCUGACAUGUGACUGAUGAACUUGUUGGCUGUAACAGGGAUCAAGAAGAGUCUGUCUGAAGUGUGGUUUAGUGCUAGUUGUAUAAGUCUUAUAUCACAAAAGUCUGCGUCAGCACCUUGUUGGAGAAUAACACGAUUCAAUGUUUGGUCAAGUCCAAUAAAAAAGAAAAUUUGUUGGAUGUCAUACACACAAAUAAUUGGCCAUGCUGCUGUAAUUGGCAUGAUUUUUCAGAAAGGAUAAAAAUUGUUUGUACAAUAAACAGAACACUGGACAAUAAA